AUGGACAAAUUUAUUCUCUUCCCAGGUGCUUGCAACAAGAAUGGCAUCAGUUUCUCCUCACUAAACUUUUCAAUUCGCCUCACGCCUCCAGUCACCCCAAGCAGACGACGCCCUCUGGAUUUCACAACUUUCACACCUCGCUCUCUGGGCAGCAGCAUUUCAGGCAAUUGCUAUACUCUUCCAGUCGCCUUGACAGAUUUUCCCAUCUUUGUAUACCUCCCACCUGAUAUCCGCAAGAAGAUUUGGAGAUGGGCUGUCAAGGCUCUCCCGGCACGAACAGUCCUCAUCCAACCCUACGCCAUAUUCAACUUUGCUGAUGCUGCUGUCAAUCAUGAAGCUCGUGCUGUGUUCUUGGAGGAAUAUUCUAUGCUCCAUAGCCGUCAAGCUGGCCGCAUGUCCGACUUCUCAAUGUCUAUCAACUACCAAAAAGACCUCUUGUACCUCAAUCGCCGCUUUGUCCUCAACCCAAAGAUUCCAACCGUUACUUCACUCAUCGAAGCCACACUGGUCUACCAUGAUUGGUUGAAGCCAGUCAAACAACUCGCGUUGAAUUUGAAGGAUACCCUGUUUCUGUUGCCUCGGGCCUGGGGUCAAAAUCCACAUUUGCGCGGUCGAACUACUGAGCUUUGGGACAUCCUCGGAAAUCAUUGCCCUGAGCUUCGCCUCUUAUUUCUCGUAGAUUAUGAGAAGUUUGAAACAGGAAACAAAAUGUUUAAUACUCAGUCCAAGCCGCAUCGACCGUGUGAGUGGAAUGUUCUGUGGGCCAAGUUCCGCAUGGGCUUGGAUUCUGCAAAGAUACGAAAAGUUGUGCGUCAAGAUAUGGUCUUGAGACUCAUGGACGCCUAUAAUGUUGUUCCGGCAGAUUUGGUGGACUAA